GGUGCAUACGGGCAUUAAUGAUUAUAAAUAAUUGCCAAGGAAAAGUGGUUAGAUCUGUAUUCAUCAAAAGAAGCCACGUAUUUUCAUAUACAUUUAAUACUUUUUUAAAUACAAGCUCAAUUUUUUCGAAGAAAUUUUUUAAAAAUUCAGAAAUGUCACACAACUUGGAUUUAUUUUAUGAAACUGUCUUGGGUUUAACUCAAACUGCCGGAGAGCUGAUCAAUGAAAAAAUAUCAUCUAGAAAUAAAUCCAUUGAAUUCAAGUCAAGUGAAAUUGAUCUGGUGACAGAAACUGAUCAAGCAGUUGAAAAAUUACUUAUUGAAGGACUUUCAAAACAAUUUCCUGACCAUAAGUUCAUCGGCGAGGAAUCCGUUUCCGAAGGAAGUCAGUGUAUUUUGACUGAUGAUCCAACAUGGAUCAUAGAUCCUAUCGAUGGGACAAUGAAUUUUGUCCACUCGUUUCCACAUUCCUGCAUUUCCAUAGCUUUAUUUAUUGAUAAGAAACCUGAAAUUGGAGUAAUUUACAAUCCCAUGUUGAAACAGCUUUUCACAGCUAGAAAAGGAAAAGGUGCAUUUUUGAACGGGAAACAAAUAAAAGUAUCAAAUAAAACAAAUUUGGCAGAGGCUCUUCUUAUGUUCGAAUUUGGUACUAGCAGGGACCCAGAGAGGAGAAAAGUCAACCUUGAAAAUCAAGAAAUUCUAAUGCCCCAAGUGCAUGGAUUACGGUCCCUUGGUUCUGCAGCAUUGAAUAUGGCAAUGGUGGCCUGCGGAGCUGCCGAGGCUUACUUCGAGUUUGGGAUACAUAUUUGGGAUAUCGCUGCAGGAGAGUUGAUAGUAACUGAAGCAGGAGGUGUGGCAAUCGAUCCAGCUGGUGGUGAAAUUGAUAGAAUGUCCAGGAGAGUGCUGGUAGCAGGAACGCAAGAGCUGGCCGACAAGUUGUCCCAGAAGCUGGUCCAAUUUUAUCCAACGAAACAAACCAAGUACUGAUUAUAUUAAAUACUUUGAGAUUCUGGAAGUAAUUUAUGUCUAAUGAGAGGCUAGUCCAUUAUACUUGUUCUUGUUUGAAAUUGCCAAUAUUGAACUAUUUUGGCAUUUUUUUAAAUCGUUUCAUUGCAACCGAUCAAUCAAUUCUCAAAUGUUUUUUACGUUUAUAAGUUCAUGAUAUAGGUAUCAAAUGAGAGUCUGACAAUAAAAAAAGAGAAAUAACAUGAUGUCCUUCAACUAAUCCUUCCACCAAGACUUUCUGCAUAUAUUACAAAGGUUAAAAACUUAUAUUGAAGGUUCAUUUAUGCAAUUAAAUUAAUUGUAAUAAAAGUAACAAUGUAUAAUUUAACAAUUUAACAUAACUUUUUGUUUCAGGUAAAAUUAAAAUCUCAUGAAAUUGAAGUAAACCACUUUUUCGGAUAAUCCCUAAAUUUAUGACUUUGUACAAUCCCUUAGUUUUCAUUCUACUUAUAAACAUACAUCUGUUAUUUUAUUGAUAUAUAAAGUGUCUAUUAUAUUA